AGUAGAUCAUGUGUCAAUACCUGGUUUGAUACAUCCUAGUCACAAACUGAACUAAGAGAAUAAAUGUCAUCCAAAUCAACAAUGUGACCCAUAUAAGUUACAACUGUGGAUCACCUACGUCUCUCACCCUCAUACACAACAGCACAAUGGGUCAAGGUAACAGCAACUCACUACGGGAGAACCUGGAGUCACUCCACAACCAGCUGAUGAAACAUGCCGGGGCUGAUUAUGACAUCGCUACCACCACCACACUCACUUAUGACCAGUUCCUUGGUUAUAUCACACAACUUAACCAGAUUUGCCGAGAGUACAAGGACAGUGAAGGUCAUGUUUUAGUUUUUGCAGUGAAAAAGGGAACAGACUCGACUAUGUUUUGGAAAGCCACUGUGCGUAUUGCAUGUGUGAAACUCAAUACAGCUGCAAACAAGGUGCAGUCUUAUCGCCUGCUAAAUAUACGACAGUUUCUGCAGGUUUUUAGAAGAAUAACAUAUGAAUGUACUGGAGGAUCACUUGGCACCAUUGAUGGCAUAUUUGGUGUUGAUGCUGCAGAAGAGCCUUCUGAGGGACGAAGCAGUAGUGUGCCAGUUCCCCCUACUAUGGCUGCAUCCAUGGUGUUAGGCAGUAUGCAGGAGGUUGCAGCGUUACCUGCAGUCCCCUUACACCAGGACGGACUAGAGAGCCCUGCUGCUUCAGGGACCUGUGGCACCAGCUUGGAGGAGUGCGUCAUCUGCUUGGAGAGGCGGCCGGAUGUGAUCCUUCCGUGCGCCCACGCUUACUGCCUCCCCUGCAUAGAGCAAUGGUGGGAAUAUUCUAGACCCUCCUGUCAAGAAUGUACUUCCUCCAAUGUUGUAUACUCAAUGAGUGUCGUAGACAAAACUUGCCCGGUCUGCAGAGAAUCUCUGAAGAGCACGGACGACACUUGGGUACUCUCGGAAGUCCCCGAUAAUGAUCAGGUCAAUGAAGAAAUUCGCAGAGCUCUAAUCGGCUUAGCAGGGAAUGAAUCUUAGAACCCAUUAUGAAGACUUUUACCCAUAUUGAAUAAGCUGCUUCUUUUAUUCAAAAUUAGGUGGAUCUUGAAAAUAAAUUUCCAAAUAUGUGGGUCAGUUGUUUAAUCUUAGCAUUUCUGUACAUGACAAUAUUUUUCCAUUCCAGUCAUCCAGUAAUAAUACUGAAAGUAUUUAUAAUAAAUAAAUAGGAAAAUAGAUUAUUAAAAAUGAUGAUCCAUGCAAGAUACAAUUUGUGUUUUUCUUUAAUUAUCAAAAUUAUGUUGUAAAUUAGGUAAUAAAGGAUUAUUAGCCUAUGUCAUUAGAAAUGAUGUUGCCACCACUGGAGUCUCUGGAUCAGAUGAAAGUUUGCUAAGUAUACAGUAAAGCAUAUUAUCCAAAAGACAAUAAAUGAUAUACAGUAUCAGCUUUUGCACAAGAUUUUUGUGACAUUUCAGUUAUAAAAUAAAGACAUAGAUAAGCUUUAUAAAAAAAUACACAAAUAAGCUUUGCCUGCAGGAGCAUUAUAGCACAGUAUUUUGAAAUAUUUGUUGCAGUAAAUAUGGUAGUUUAUAUGAACAAACAAACAAUAUUUGAAAGAAAAUAUUGUUGUAGGAUAUUCCAAACUGUAAAUAAACUCAAGAGAUACAGUACUGUAUUGCAGUAUGUUUUACUGAAUUGAGGUAAUGUACAAUACAUGUAUUCAUAGUGUUAGAGGCCUUAAUGUCCUCCAAACUAGCACACACCAGCCCUCUUGAAGGAUGUUGUCCUGCCCCAUGAUAAGAGGCUAUUAAGUAUUAUGGGCUUCAUAUUAUUGCAUUUGUAACCGAUAUAUCCAGUUUUGUAUUUAGCUUGACGUAAGCAGUAAUGCAAACUAGAAAAUGGCGAGGGAAUUUCUCCUGUGUAUAAAUUGUAAAAGCAAAAUACAGUAGGCCUAUAGAGUGCGAGUUCUGUGAAAUGUAUGCAAACAUAUUCUUACUUGUUUCUGACUUGUAUCAUUUAGUAAAAUUUAUUAAAGGAAUGAUAAAAA